AUGGAUAGUGUCAAGAAAGACAUUGUGUGGAAGGAAAUUGGGGAGCAACUAAAACAAUCCGCUCUUGCUUGUAAACAACGAUGGCAAUGCCUUAGAGAUGCAUAUAGAAGGGCUUUAAAUAAAAAAAAAGGGAGAAGUAAACAAGCAGCCAAAACCGUUAAACCAUGGAAAUAUGAAAAUGAAAUGGCGUUUGUGGUUCCCUUUUUCAUGGAAAGAAAAACUCAAGAUUCCGUUGAAAUUGCAAGCGACGAUGAACUGUCCGACAACUCCGAUGAAAACCAUGCGAGAGAUUCCAUCGUUUCGGAGAAGCCCAACACCGAAAUUGAUAUCGACGAUACUCCUGCUAAUGUUAAUGAUGCUAACGGUACUAGAAUAUUAGAUGAAGUUCCUAAAAAUGAGUCACAACACAAAAAAUCUACCAAGAAUCCAAAAGCAGUAAAAAGAAAAGCAGUCCAAACAGAGGCAUCAGCAUGUGCUACAUCAAUGGCGAAAUUGAUCGAUGAUCAAAACAAACUUGACGCACCACGAGGACACGACGAAUUAGAUCGCUUUUUUUUAAACAUUUCUGAGACUGUUAAGAAAUUUUCACCGUAUGUACAAGCGUUGGCAAAAAAUAAAAUAUUUACCAUUGUAUCUGAAAUGGAACUAGAACUGUUAGCCCCACCCAGCUCAACUCCAUAUGCUUUCAAGACAUCCCCACAGUCGGCAAGUACCAGUACGACG